AUGCCACGUGGAUCAAUGGAUAUUUUAUCACGCCUCUCCCUGCUGACCUUCCUUUCCUUCCUGACCACGGCUUGGUCCGGAAAAGUCCUGGUUUUCCCGGUGGAUGGGAGUCACUGGGUCAACAUGAACCUGAUGAUCCAGGGUCUCCACAGCAGAGGACACGAGGUCACUGUGGUCCGCACUGCUACCUCCUGGUACGUCAAGGAGACUGCCCCACAUUACUCCUCACUCACCAUCACCAUACCUGAGGCCAUCUGCAUCGAGAAGGAGGACUUUUUUGUGAGUUUUCUGGUGAAGAUGCUGGCUAUCAAGAAAGAGGGAGGCUCCCCAAUGGCUUUUUUAUCUUUCUACUGGGAAAUGCUGGGUACCUUAUCCAUAAUACACCAGCAGGCAAGCAUGGUUGGUGUGCAAAUGCUCGAGGACAAAGCAUUGAUGCAAAAACUUCGGGACACAAAAUACGACUUAGUUCUGAUCGACCCUGGGCUUCCUGUGGGGGUUCUUGUUGCGCAUGCGCUCGGUCUUCCUACUGUUUUCAACGUCCGCUGGAUCACCAGUGGAGAAGGCCAUUUUGUUGUGGCUCCAUCACCAACAUCAUACGUGCCAACUUCUGGAGUGGCUUUACCUGACAAGAUGACGUUUUUGCAAAGACUUCAAAACACCUUUCAUUACGGGUUAAACACAUGCAUCGACAAGUUCGUAGUGUGCCCAGUUUAUGAUCGAUUAGUGGAGAAAUACUUUGGAUCCGGUCUCAGCUUUUAUCACAUGUUGCAAGCCGCAGACAUUUGGUUAAUGCGAGUCGACUUUGUGUUUGAAUUCCCCAGACCCACAAUGCCCAAUAUCGUCUACAUUGGCGGAUUCCAAUGCAAACCGCCUUCGCCUUUAUCCGCUGAACUUGAGGAUUUCGUUCAGAGUUCGGGUGAUCAUGGGUUUAUCUUGAUGUCUUUGGGAACUCUGGUCAAAGGUUUACCGAAAGAAAUAACGUCAAAAAUUGCUGCUGCCUUUGCGCAACUUCCACAGAAAAUUAUUUGGCGACAUGCAGGAGAAAGACCGGAUAAUCUUGGGAACAACACGCUACUGUUGAAAUGGCUCCCACAAAGCGAUCUCCUGGGGCACCCUAAAAUCAAAGCAUUCGUUUCCCACGGUGGCACCAAUGGAAUCUACGAGUCUAUAUACAAUGGCGUCCCUGUAGUCGGGGUACCGCUCCUGUUUGACCAACCAGAAAACGUUUUGAGGUUGGAAAUCCGAGGAGCUGCGAAAGUCUUGGACGUAACACAAAUAACCACUGAGAGUUUUCGCGACACAGUGCAAGAAGUUGUCAAUAACCCUUUCUACAGAGACAACAUGAAGAGGCUGUCCUCCCUCCAUCGGGACCAGCCCAUGCACCCGCUCGACACCGCCCUCUUCUGGAUAGAGUUUGUAAUGAGGAACAAAGGGGCUGCCCACCUGCGCACUGAGUCCUAUAAAAUGCCCUGUCGUGCGUUUGCUGUGCUGUAG